CCACAAUGCUUUGCGCAGCCCGUCUCGGGACAAAAUGGCGGCGCCCGCGAGGCGAGGCGCUGCUUGAGGGUCCCCGAGGGUUGCCAUGGCAGCGGCGGCGGCGGCUUGGGGCCUAGCCCGGCGUGGCUCCCGGGUCUGGGGCCUGGCGGAGCUUCGGGCCUGGAGAGCCAGAGGGAAAGCGCCGGGCGUCCGCUCAGGUCUUGGCGCCGGUUUCCUGAACAAGGCCUUGGAGCGGCCCGUCUUUCUCCCUGCCUGCUUGUACAAAAGUGACUCUGCCUUGGGUCACAUCCUUGGGUUCCUGAAGGAGCAGGAGAAGCCCUGUGUGGGUCAGCACGCUUCGCCUGUGAGCGCCUUUCAAGAGGAGCACGAGGAAGUACUAGAGCAGCACCCGGAUCAGCCGGACAACCCCAAGGUCUUGAAAAUCGCCAUUAUCGGGGCUCCAAAUGCCGGGAAGUCGACUUUGUCGAAUCAGCUCCUGGGGCGGAAGGUUUUCCCCGUCUCCCAGAAGGUGCAUACGACAAGACAGAAUGCCCUGGGGGUCAUUACGAAGGAGGACACCCAGCUGAUUAUCUUGGACACCCCGGGUCUCACCACCCCAUUCAAACGCAAAAGGCACCACCUGGAGGACUCCCUGCUCUAUGACCCUUUCAGGAGCUUGAAGGAGGCAGAUUUAGUGGUGGUUGUGGUGGACGUGUCGGAUACCUUCACGCAGAACCGCCUCCACCCACAAGUGCUCAAAGCCCUCCAUUCGGUUCCAGAGAUCCCGAGCAUUCUGGUUUUGAACAAGGUGGAUUUGCUGAAGAAGCGCCAGCAUCUUCUGCACUUGGUCACAAAACUCACCGAAGGAAUGGUCCAUGGCAAGGCCGUGCCCAUCACGUCAAGGCUGAAGGCCAGGUCCUCUCCUCCCACUGAUGACGAGACACCCAAAGAUUCCCAGGCGUUGGAAACCUACACGAAUGGGAUGGAAAAGCCUAGAGACGCCGAGGCGUCUCACAAACCCCAGACAGACUCUAUUUCAGACCCAGAGGCUGCCAGCGAUGUCGAAGAGGGGGACACGGCCGAGGCAAAGGGGCCCCCAAAAGGGCAGAAGAAAAAGGCCCAGAUAGGCUGGCCCCACUUCAAAGAGGUCUUCAUGCUGGCUGCCAUGUACGGAGAGGAGGUGGAGACGCUGAAAAAGUACCUCCUCCAGCAAGCCAGGCCGGGGCCCUGGAGGUUCCACAGCGAGGUCCUGACCGACCAGUCUCCCCAAGAAGUCUGCAACAACGUCAUCCGGGAGAAGCUGCUGGAGUAUCUGCCGGAGGAGGUGCCCUACUCGGUGGUGCAGGAGCAGGAAGUGUGGAGUGAGGGGCCCAGUGGAGAACUGGUCAUCGUGCAGAAUUUGGUGGUCCAGAAGAAAAGUCACCUGAAAAUGUUGCUCGGCCACGAGGGCGAACUCAUCAACAGAGUGGUCCGGGAGGCAGGCCACGACUUGAUGAACGCCUUCCUGUGUGACGUGCAUCUGAAGCUGAGCGUGAAGCUGCAGAAGUGAGACCGGCAGAACUCCCUCCAGGAGGACAGGGACGUCCGCAGAGGGAUCUCUUCUUGCAAGCUGUAUCACCCCCACCGCUGGCCAGGAGUUGUUCUCAUGGAGCCUUCCUCGAGAUUCGGGUGGGCCACGGGAUUCUUCACACCCAAAAGACGGGGGCUGAAGAUUGGCUUUCACUCCCCAAUCCCUUCUCUUUGAGGAGAUGUAGGAGACCUCUCCGCUUCCGGACAGACUUUGAGCAGAACUGUGAACUGAGGUCUGGACAGGGAGGGCAGCCUGCCCACCCCGAUUGGUCAUGGCGCAACAUUGCCCUUCCCUUUUAAAAUGCAAGGAAGUGCUUCUGGCCGCGUCUGUAUUCUUUGCCGGAUUCCUCCUCCAUGGCUGGCCUCGCACAGGCCCUGUGCGUUAGUUGUUCCACCCGCUCCGGAAUACUCUGGCGUCUGCCUCGAAAGCUCAUGUUGAUUAGGCACCCUGCGCUUAUCGGAGAAGACGCAAGGAGGUUUCAGAAGGAACAGUGGGGAUCUCUGCAGAGGUACCAGCUAAGUGCGAGAGAGGUCCCCAGCCCCCAAACCGCUAGGUAGAGAAUGUACUUCGCAUUCUCAUGUGACUGUAAAGUUUGGGGGAAAGAGUAGGUUGGAGGGUUUGCAAUAAAACAAGUCUGCUUUUUGGGCA